UUAUAAUAAACGUUGUAAUAAUGUCUAAUACUCCUGCUGACCAUCCAGCAUGGAAGCUCAGGGUACGUCUGUCUAUCCAAACCGACUCUCCGGACAGUACGGUGUCAUCAAAGGUUGAGCAUCUUUGCGGUGUCAUAUUUGAUAUAAUUAACCGCAUCCAACGUAAAUGUGCAGCUGGUGGUACAUACGAACAUGAUGAUGUUACUGCAGAAGCAAUUAAAGACCUGCAUAUAUGGUUUAUACGCAAACUCAUGAUGCUGGGCUGUUUAUCCCAGGAUAUAAAUGGGCAAUAUGCAGGAGCAAAGCAUGUCAUUCCCUUUAGUGGUAGGAUUAAGAUGGUUCCUUCCGUCAUGUUCCCUUUGCCAUUUCCAAGGUCACUUUUUAUAGAUUGUAUUAACUAUAACCCAUUAAUGACCAGGUUGAUCGACACUGUAAGCUGCAACGUAACUUGGUUAUGUCGUGAACUGGAGCAGUUACGUUCACAUGAUCCCUUUAUGUCUGGUUUGCUGGACAUUUGUAAUGAGGUCUAUUUAUCUGGUAAGCGGUCACUGCACUCCGAUAUUAGGGCAUACAUUACACGUACCGACUACUUCAUGAACGUGAAGCGUGACUCGGGAUUGAAUGAACCCAGCUAUUCCCGAAUAUCCCACUGUGACAUAUCAGCGAUGAGCGAGUCUGCAGAAAUGAAAUUGGUAGAGGUAAACACAGUCUCCUGCGCCAUGGCACAUCUUGUGGGAUUGGUGUCGCGUGCUCAAAAUGAAUUGUUGCGUUAUCUGAUCGAUCGCGAUUUUGCAGCGGCUACUCCCGGAGAUGAAGCCCCAAUGCUAAGUCCGGGCACGAUUACCGCACUGGAUCAGCAUAACUCUCCACAAGAAGGUAUAGUGGACACCCUGGCUGCCGCCCAUCGCAGUUAUGCAGAAAUUCAUUGCGGUCCUGGUGACCGCAGCCCAUGUGUCAUGGAAGUGGUAACCGAGGACCUGUCAAACUUCUUUGAUGUGUAUGCCGUGGCUGACCAGUUAUUUUCCAGGCAUGGUAUCAGGACAAAGGUGAUGUCUAUCAACGCUUUGUGCGCAUUGUAUCGGGGUAGUGGUAUAUACUUACUAGGCCAUGACGGAGCGUUGGUACCGGUGAAAUCCAAAAGUGAUUUACGCCCAGGGCGGUUGUUCAUACGUGAACCAUCGCUGAUUAACGGGGCCGUAGCCAACGGUUACAGGGAUUUAACCGAAGUGAGUGUGAUUUAUUUUAGAAGUUGCUACUCUCAGGAUCAUAUGGAAUCCGAUCCUGAUAGCUGGUUAGCAAGACUCAUCUGCGAGUACUCAGACGCAGUUAAGGUGCCCUCGGUACCGGCACAACUGGCCGGUAGUAAACGCGUGCAAAUGUUACUGUGCAAUCCUGGAAUAGAGACCCAAUUGUCAGAGUUGGUAACACCAAACGAUAGAUACUCACUCAAAGAAGCCCUAGCGAUGUUUAGGAGCGUAAAUGUACAGCAAGUUGACCCCUCCUUGCCAGGGAAUAGAGAGGUUGUACAGGAGGCUAUACUAAAACCUGAAAAUUUCGUACUCAAGUCGCAGGCGGAAGGUGGCGCUGAACUUUAUGUGAAUAACGAGCUUGCAUCCAUACUUAGCGAAGGAAUUAAAGAUGAUUGCGCAAAAAUGGCCCACUACGUCCUUAUGAGACGCAUAACGCCACCCGUACAACGUGCUGUGUUCGUAAAAAACAAUAUAGAGGGAAGCUACGACCUAACGGUGGAACGCUGCCUCACUGAGCUGGGCAUAUACGGAGGUACCGUCUUUAGGGGAGAGCAUGUAGUAACAGAAGAAUGCUGCGGAUACCUAGCUAGGACUAAAAAUGAAACUACAGCAGGCGGUGGAGUAUGUUCCGGAUGUUCAGCAGUCAAUUCACUGCUAUUCUACUAAGCCCACAGGGUACCGUGACAUACUGUAGUAAAAAA